GUGCAGUAUGUGGCAUUUCAGUGUCAGUGUAGUAAAGGCUGCUGCUGCUGAGGCACAGAGGAGCUCUCUGGAUACUUACUUUUACACAUUCACAGCAUUUUCAUACGCUUUUGAAAACUACACUUAAGACUCACAAACGAUGCCAAACUGGGGAGGAGGUAACAAGUGUACAGCGUGCCGGGGGAUGGUUUACCACGCCGAGGAAGUUCAAUGUGAUGGGAAGUUUUUCCACAAAUGCUGUUUUCUCUGCAUGGUCUGCAGGAAGGGAUUAGACAGCACCACGCUGGCGAUUCAUGACCAGGAGAUCUACUGUAAGUCAUGCUAUGGAAAGAAAUAUGGCCCAAAAGGAUACGGGUACGGUCAGGGGGCAGGGACGCUCAACAUGGACCGAGGAGAACGGCUGGGAAUCAAACACGAAGAGACACACACUCACAAACCGACCACCAACCCAAACCCCUCCAAAUAUGCUCAGAAGUUUGGUGGUUCGGAGAAAUGUGCUCGAUGUGGAGACUCAGUCUACGCAGCUGAGAAGAUAAUGGGCGCAGGCAAGCCGUGGCAUAAGAACUGCUUUCGUUGUGCAAAAUGUGGGAAGAGUCUGGAGUCGACCACUCAGACCGAGAAAGACGGAGAAAUCUACUGCAAAGCGUGCUAUGCCAAGAACUUUGGGCCUAAAGGCUUCGGUUACGGCCAAGGAGCCGGCGCUCUGGUUCACGCUCAGUGAUGGAUACUAAACUGGAUUUUUUAAACAGACAGUCACAUCUUUAUACAUUUUCUCUCUCUUCUACAUGAACAGUAACCUUUCAUUUUGUCUUUAAAUGCUUUUUUUGUUUUAACAGGUGCUUUUGAAGCAAAUAAAUCCAUGAAAACACAA